ACAUACCUACAGGAGAGGUGCCAGAGGAUUGGAGGGUGGCAAAUGUUGUGCCUCUUUUCAAGAAGGGCUGCAGGGAAAAUGCUGGGAACUAUAGGCCGGUGAGCUUAACAUCUGUAGUUGGUAAGUUACUGGAGAGUAUUAUGAGGGAUGGGAUAUACAGGCAUUUGGAUGGGCAAGGGCUGAUUUGGGAUAGUCAGCAUGGUUUUGUACGUGGGAGGUCGUGUCUCACAAAUCUGAUUGAUUUUUUUGAAGACGUGACCAAAAAGGUUGAUGAGGGCAGAGCUGUAGAUGUUGUGUACAUGGACUUCAGUAAGGCAUUCGACAAAGUUCCGCAUGGUAGGUUGCUCUGGAAGGUUAGAUUGCAUGGGAUCCAAGGAGAGAUAGCAGAAUGGAUGGCAAAUUGGCUUCAUGGAAGGAAGCAGAGGGUGAUGGUGGAAGGUUGCUUCUCAGGCUGGAGGCCUGUAACUAGUGGUGUGCCACAGGGUUCGGUGUUGGGCCCGUUACUGUUUGUCAUCUACAUCAAUGAUUUGGAUGAGAACAUACAGGGCAAAAUUAGCAAGUUUGCUGAUGAUACAAAAGUUAGUGGUUUUGCAGAUAGUGAAGAUGGUUGUGAACGAUUGCAGCAGGAUCUGGAUCAAUUGGCCAGGUGGGCGGAGGAAUGGUUGAUGGAAUUUAAUACAGAGAAGUGUGAGGUGUUGCAUUUUGGGACGGCGAACAUGGGCAGGACCUACACAGUGAAUGGUAGGCCUCUGGGUAGUGUUGUAGAGCAGAGGGAUCUAGGAGAACAGAUGCAUGGUACCUUGAAGGUCGAGUCGCAGGUAGAUAAGGUGGUCAAAAAGCCUUUUGGCACUUUGGCCUUCAUCAGUCAGAGUAUUGAGAAUAGAAGUUGGAAGGUCAUGUGGCAGUUGUAUAAGACGUUGGUGAGACAGCAUCUAGAGUGUUGUGUUCAGUUCUGGGCACCAUGUUAUAGGAAAGAUGUUGUCGAGCUUGAAAAGGUUCAGAGAUGAUCAACCACUAAUCUAAACUACAUUCAUGGUGUCCAGCAAUUAAUAUUUGGGGUUAGAAAUGGGGUUAGAAAUGAGAAUAUUGCUAAUUGUCUUGUGAAUUCACUUAUCAUCUCAGAAAGGUUUUUUUGAAGGGCCUUUUGAAAGCUUUGCUUGAAAACCUUGAAAGGGUUCAGAAAAGAUUUACGAGGAUGUUGCCAGGACUAGAGGGUGUGAGCUAUAGGGAGAGGUUGAGUAGGUUGGGUCUCUAUUCCAUAGGAGGAUGAGGGGUGAUCUUAUAGAGGUGUACAAAAUCAUGAGAGGAAUAGAUCGGGUAGAGUCUCUUGCCCAGAGUAGGGGAAUCGAAGACCAGAGGACAUAGGUUCAAGGUGAAGGGGAAAAGAUUUAAUAGGAAUCUGAAUCUUUUUCACACAGAGGGUGAUGGGUGUGUGGAACGAGCUGCCAGAGCAGGUAGUUGAGGCUGGGACUAUCCCAACGUUUAAGAAACAGUUGGACAGGUACAUGGACAGGACAAGUUUGGAGGGAUAUGGACCAGGUGCAGGCAAGUGGGACUAGUGUAACUGGGACAUUGUUGGCCGGUGUGGGCGAGUUGGGCUGAGGGCCUGUUUCCACACUGUAUCACUCUAUGACUAGGAGAAAUUUCUUUAGUCAGAGGGUGGUGAAUCUGUGGAACUCAUUGCCACAGGCGGCUGUGGAGGCCAAGGCAAUGGAUAUAUUUAAGGCAGAGAUAGAUCGAUUCUUGAUUAGUACGGAUGUCAGGGGUUAUGGAGAGAAGGCAGGAGAACGGAGUUAGGAGGGAGAGAUAGAUCAGCCAUGAUUGAAUGGCGGAGUAGACUUGAUGGGCCGAAUAGCCUAAUUCUACUCCUAUCACUUAUGACCUUAUGACCUUGUGACUUACAGAGCACCCACGCACGGAGUCAGAAUGGGAGAACAGCUUUGCCUUGAAGAUGUUCCUCUUUGAGUUUGUCAAUCUCAACAGCUCCAUCUUCUAUGUUGCUUUCAUUCUCGGCAGGUGAGUCAAGAGUCGGGAGUGUUUUAUUGUCAUGUGUCCCAGACAGAACAAUGACAUUCUUACUUGCAGCAGCACAACACAAUGUGUAAACAUAGUACACUGGGAACAGUAUUAUAAACGGGAGAAAAACAAAUUCAGUGUGUGAAUAUACAGUACACACAUACUCACAAAUGCAAAUAUAUCAUCUAUAUUGGAAGGAACUGCAGAUGCUGGUUUAAACCGAAGAUAGACACACGAUGCUGGAGUAACUCAGCGGGUCAGGCAGCAUCUCUGAAGAGAUGGAAUGGGUGACGUUUCGGGUCGAGACCCUUCUUCAGUGAUGUGGAGAUGGCGGAGGGGCGGGAACCUGCCCCUCCUCCACAUCAGUCUGAAGAAGGGUCUCGACGUCAGUCUGAGGAAGGGUCGUCAGGUUUGCAGGGCGGCCUGGAGCCUAUGCCAAGCUGUUUCACCGAUGGAGACUGGAAGAGAUUGUUACAGAACUGGUGGUCACGGAGAAAGGUGAAGCGAGCCAGUCACGAUGAGGCGAGCAAGUAUUACCUACCUCAGUGGGAGCAAGAUUGGAACCUGCAGCCUAUGAACAACCAUGGACUGGUAGACGAGUAUCUGGAAAUGGGUAAGUACCAUAGAGUCAUGGAGUCCUAGAGUGAUACAGUGUGGAAACAGGCCCUCAGCCCAACUUGCCCACCCAGGCCAACUUGUCCCAGAUACACCAGUCCCACCUGCCUGCGUUUGGCCCAUAUCCCUCCAAGUCUGUCCUAUCCAUGUACCAGUCUAACUGUUCCUUAAAUGUUGGGAUAGUCCCUGCCUCAACUACCUCAUCUGGCAGCUCGUUCCAUACACCCACCACCCUUUGUGUGAAGAAGUUACCCCUCAGAUUCCAAUUAAAUCUUUCCCCUUCACCUUAAAUCUGUCCUCUGGCCCUCAAUUCCCCUACUCUGGGCAAGAGACUCUGUGCAUCUACCCGAUCUAUUCCUCUCAUGAUUUUGAACACCUCUAUAAGGUCACCCCUCAUCCUCCUGUGCUCCAUGGAAUAGAGACCCAGACUACUCAACCACUCCCUAUAGCUCACACCCUCUAGUCCUGGCAACAUCCUCGUAAAUCUUCUCUGUGUCCUUUCCAGCUUGACAAUAUGUCUCCUAUAACAUGGUGCCCAGAAUUGAACACAAUAUCCUAAAUGCGGCCUCACCAACGUCUUAUACAACUGCAACCUUAGUCCUGUGAUCAAAGUGUUUUAGGAUCCAAUUAUCUUCAGAUGUUUUCAACAGGACCUUACUUCCACCGUAAGACCAGAAGUGGAUAUGUUUUGUUUCAUUUAUUGUCACGUGUACUGAGGUACAGUGAAAAGCUUUUUUGUUGCGUGCUAUCCUCUCAGCGGAGAGACUGUACAGGGGAUCUUAUUGAAACAUAUAAGAUUAUUAUGGGGAUUGGACAUGGUAGAGGCUGGAAAUAUGUUCCCGAUGUUGGGGGAGUCCAGAGCCAGUGGCCACAGUUUAAGAAUAACGAGUAAGCCAUUUAGAACGGAGACGAGGAAACACUUUUUCUCACAGAGAGUUGUGAGUCUGUGGAAUUCUCUGCCUCAGAGGCCGGUUCUCUGGAUGCUUUCAAGAGAGAGCUAGAUAGGGCUCUUAAAGAUAGCGGAGUCAGGGAAUAUGGGGAGAAGGCAGGAAUGGGGUACUGAUUGUGGAUGAUCAGCCAUGAUCACAUUGAAUGGCGGUGUUAGCUCAAAGGGCCGAAUGGCCUACUGCUGCACCUAUAGUCUAUUGUCUAUUGUCUGUACUUUACAAUGAUAUGAAACACCUCAAUGUAUAGAACGAAGGAACUGCAGAUGCGGCUUUACCAAGGAAAGACACAGAGUGCUGGAGUAACUUUAGUGGUUCACCAAUCCAUGUUCUCCACAGAUGCUGCCUGACCCGCUGAGUUACUUCUUUUUACCACUAGAGAGAGCUCUAACACUGAACUAUCCCUGAGCUUUUGCAGUAUGUGAUACAUGGCCACCAGAUGACGACCUUCACAUCAAACUAAAUCAUAUUGAAAGCUGUAAUUUUCAGAAAUGGAUCUCAAUGAUCGACAAAGUUCAAAGUGCCGAACUUGAUGCCAUAUCCUUCUUUGACACCAAUCGUUGAGGAAUUGUUUCUGCCUGCAGCAGCCCCACACAUCGGCGAGACCAAGCGCAGGCUCGGCGAUCGUUUCGCUGAACACCUCCGCUCAGUCCGUCUUAACCUACCUGAUCUCCCGGUUGCUCAGCACUUCAACUCCCCCUCCCAUUCCCAAUCUGACCUUUCUGGCCUGGGCCUCCUCCAGUGUCAGAGUGAGGGCCACCGCAAAUUGGAGGAACAGCACCUCAUAUUUUGCUCGGGUAGCUUCCACCCCAGCGGUAUGAACAUUGACUUCUCCCUCCUUCCCCUUCCCCUUCCCAGUUCUCCCACUAGUUUUACUGUUUCCACUAAAUUCAAUCUCUGUCCCGCCCCCUCCCCCGACAUCAAUCUGAAGAAGGGUCUCAACCCGAAACAUCACCCAUUCCUUCUCUCCAGAGAUGCUGCCUCACCCGCUGAGUUACUCCAGCAUUUUGUGUCUACC